UUCACUCUUUCUACUUCUUUCACAACCUUCAUUUUUUUUAACAACAAACAAUCCUGAAAUUCCUUUUACCUUAUUUUGGUUUUAAUCCUUAAAAAAACCCUAUUUUUGUCUCCUCGAUUUCUACGCUAUCUCAACCACCACCUUUGCUUUCCCUUUCUCAGGAGCACAAGCAUAUGGAUAGAUGCAAAGGACGGUCGAUUUAGCCAUUGUUCACUGAUUAAAAGGUUGCCAACAUGGUGAGCUUACGUAGACGCAGACUCCUGAGACUCUGCUCUGGGAAGUGUUCCUUUUUGACUCCACUUUCUAGAUUCUUUGAUAAUGGAAAUGUCCCUGAAAGUUCAAGCCAGAAUGCAAAAUCAGUUAGUGUGCAUCCCAUGCACUCAGAUUCUGCCGACCACAUGCACAUGAAAAGCAUUGCUAAGGUUAGCUGCGGGUCACCAAUCAUUUCUGGUUUUGGUUCUGGUUCAUCAAAAGACCAUCAUAAUCAACCAUUUCCAGGGCAACCAAUCAAACGAAGGAAGCGACACAGAAGGAAGCAUGUUCAAAACCAAGAGCCUUGUCUAAUGAGGGGUGUAUACUUCAAAAACAUGAAAUGGCAGGCUGCAAUAAAAGUUGACAAGAAACAAAUUCACCUGGGCACUGUUGGUUCGCAAGAAGAAGCUGCCCGCUUAUAUGACAGAGCCGCUUUCAUGUGUGGAAGAGAGCCUAACUUUGAGCUUUCAGAGGAGGAAAAACAAGAGCUUAGAAAGUUCAAAUGGGAUGAGUUUUUGGCAUAUACUCGACAUUCAAUUGCCAAUAAAAAAUACAAGCGAAAGCUCGGGGUUGGAUCACAGAAAAGCACUGAACCUGAAAUAGUGGACGGUCGUGACUGGGAACAGCAUACAAGGAGUUAGGAGUCAAUAGCUUCUCAGCUACCAAAGAAUGAGGCUGAGUAAUCUGGUUUUAGUAACUAAACUCUAGUUGCAGAGUCUCCAUUUUUGGGUGUAUAAAAGGCCCCCUAUUCAGGCAACAAGCAAUGAUAAAUCUCAUUAUUAUCAUCUUCUGGUAAGCAGAUAUCUAGUGUUUAAAUCCCAAAUAAGUGGUAAAUACUACUUGCAUCAUCAGCCUGCACCAUUGUUAUUAGACUAAUCGAAGGCAUGCAAAAUGAUUAUUGCUAAAAAAAAUUCUAUUUAAAAAAAA